AGUAUUCGUUGGCAAUCACUCGACAACAAUGGCGCGGGCGGGUGCUCGUAGCAAAAUUUUUGCGCUAAUUUUGUGUUUAUUUGUGACUGGAAAUGAGUGUUCUAAUGGGAGAAAAAACGUUCUCAUCAUCAUAGCCGACGAUGCCGGGUUCGAGAUGGGCGCAUAUGGGAACAAGAUUUGUCAGACCCCCAACAUUGAUGCUCUGGCUCGGGACAGUCUGAUCUUCAACAAUGCUUUUACAUCUGUCAGCAGUUGCUCUCCAAGUCGAGCUGCGCUGCUGACGGGGACUCCGAGCCACCAGAAUGGCAUGUAUGGGCUUCACCACUCCAUUCACCACUUCAACUCCUUUGACAACAUCACUAGCUUGCCCAAUAUACUGCGUAAACAUGGAGUACACACAGGUAUAAUCGGCAAGAAGCAUGUGGGUCCGGCCAGCGUGUACAAGUUUGACUACGAGCAGACGGAGGAGAACAACCACAUCGACCAGGUCGGCCGCAACAUCACGCGCGUCAAGCUGCUCGCCCGCGACUUCCUGGCUGAAGCCGGCAGCCUGGACAAGCCGUUCUUCCUUUACGUGUCGUUCCACGACCCGCACCGGUGCGGGCGCGAGCCGCAGUACGGCACGUUCUGCGAGCGGUUCGGCUCCGGGCAGCCGGGCGCCGGCGUCAUCCCGGACUGGACGCCGUGGUACUACCAGUGGGACGAGGUGGCGGUGCCCUACCACGUGCAGGACACCGAGGCCGCGCGCCGGGACCUCGCCGCCAUGUACACCACCAUGUCGCGACUCGAUCAAGGCGUGGGUCUAGUGCUGAAGGAGCUGUCUGCGGCGGGGCACGCGGACGACACGCUGGUGCUGCUGACGUCGGACAACGGCAUUCCGUUCCCCGCCGGCCGCACCAACAUGUACGACGCCGGCGUGCGCGAGCCGCUGCUGGUGCGCGCGCCCGGCCGCCGCCGCGGCAGCACCGGCGCGCUCGUCAGCCUGCUCGACGUCACGCCCACCGUGCUGGACUGGUUCGGCCUGCCGCACGACCAGCCAGAGAGCAACGAGGUCGACCCCGACGAUCGACCCAAGAGCUUCCUGCACGUGCUCGAUAAAGAGCCGCCGGCGUCGCCGCUGGACGCGGUGUUCUUCUCGCAGACGCACCACGAGGUGACAAUGUACUACCCGAUGCGCGCGAUCCGCACGCGCACCCACAAGCUGCUGCACAACCUCAACUACGGCAUGCCCUUCCCCAUCGACCAGGACCUGUACGUGUCGCCCACCUUCCAGGACAUCCUAAACCGCACGCGCGCCAAGCAGCCCCUCCCCUGGUACAAGACGCUCAAGGAGUACUACUACCGCCCGCAGUGGGAGCUCUACGACCUGCGCGCCGACCCCGCCGAGACCGACAACCUGCACGGCAAGCCGGGGCUGGAGAAGCUGGAGUCGGGUCUGCGCGAGCGGCUGCACCGCUGGCAGCGCAGCACGCGCGACCCCUGGCUGUGCGCGCCGGGCGCCGUGCAGACCGCCGACGUGUGCCGCGCGCUCGACACCCACAUGUCCCACUUCGUGCCGCGGUAGCUGGCCGCCGCUGCCGCCGCCGCCGCCGCCGCCCCGGCCCCGCCCGCCCGACACACCGACGACGGCGCCCUCUACAAGCUCAUGUAAUGCCGACGCUUGCCCGGCGUUUGGAAUACAUCAAAACUAGUUGUAGAGGUUCAGAUCCGCGGCAAUUUUAACCGUAUGCGGGUCCUACUCGAGUGGCAUAGCGUCUGUCUUACCAGUAUACAAUAAUAUAACAGACUACAUUAUUGUUUACAAAGGAUGUUAUAGCGUGCACUCUGCACACUCCUAACAAUUAAAAUAUCUACUGUAGAUCUGUCAAUGUUUACUCACUCAUUAUAAUAUGAUGUCGGUCUCUAUAAUAUUCCUGGUAUUCGCACAACUCUUUGUCUGUCCCAUAUUUAGUAAAUAAUAAUUAAAUAAUAUAAUCAAUGGCUAUUUACCGAUCAUAUCUCAUUCAAUCGUGACAAAAAUAUUAUUCAAUAAAUUAGAUGAAUCCUAAUACGAUGAUU